ACCACUUGCUUAGUACUUGCUUCUAUAUUAUGACAAACCGCAAAACAAGGUUGGUGAUAUCUUUUGAACAGACGAGUUGAUCUGGUUCAAUAGUAGUCGAAUCAAGUGCAGCCAGUGGAACGAAGUUCCUAAAAGCUAUAUCGUAGGUUGGGAAAGAUGAGACAUGUUUUCAUUCCCUUUAUUAUCCCAUUUGGUAUAGUUAACAAAAGUACUUACAGAAUUAUAAAACCGCAGCCCCACGACCCUAAAAAACAGUGUUAAAAAGAUGAUCAGGAACCGCUUGCUUCUAUUUUUAAAACAACGUAGGUUGUGUCAGUAAGUGGGAUAGAAACUAUAUUCCCGCCUCUGGUUAUUCCCCUAUUCUUUAUUCAUCUUAUAAAGCUUAUUUCACUUCAGUCACAUUGAGGAUAAGUUGUAAAGUUUAACUGUUAGUUAAAAGAUGUACGAAAUUUAUACAACGAUAGAGAAACGUCCGAGUGAGAUCAGAUUUUCGCAAGAUAGCAUACAUCAUAAGUUUCGCAGAAGAUCUGGUCACGGUGAAGACAAUGUGAAUGACACGAUUGACAAAAUACUUUCUGGGCGACUCCUUGCAACUGAUCUGCCUCGAAUCGAAGUAGCAGAAAGAGAUGGAGAGCUUUAUACUUUAGGAAAUCGUAGACUUUAUAUGUUUCGUGUUCUCGAAUUAAAAGGAAAGUUAAAGACAAUACGCGUUAACGUUGUUUCAAGUCUUCGUCGGGGCUUAACGACGAUAAAUGAUGGCGUGUCAAUUUACAUGAGGAAUGGCGGUGGUACCAGGGAUCAUGCACAUGCUGCACCGAUACCGAAGCCCAAGGAGAUUGUGCAUAAACUGUUGGACGAAUUGCUGCUCCAAGUUAUAAAUUCUGCAAGUCAACACACCACAAACGAAGCUGGCACAAGCAUGAGUGUCAGUAAAGUUGUUCCUGAUGGUAGCAAAGCAAAAUCUACAGAUGUUGUUGGUAAAAAUAGUGAUGACGCAAUUAAAACAGACGGUGCCAUAAGUGAGUCAAGUGAAGGCGUUGUUACAACAUAUCAUGACGUCAUCAUUUCCUCUGACGUAGCUGUAGUUGAUGCUGCAGUGUAUGAAGUAUGUAGUGACCUUAAUAAGUCCUUCGAGAAAGUCAACAAACCUAACAACUUAAGUGAUGGUGACGUAGAAACCCAAAAUGAUGACGUGGCAAUCAGAGAUGAUGACGUGGUAACCAGAGAUGAUGAUGUGGUAACCAAAGCUCAUGACGUGGAAACCCAAGAUGAUGACGUAGUAACCAAGAAUGACAACGUCGAAACCAAAGUUGAUGGCGUGGUAACCAAAGCUAAUGACGUAGAAACCCAAGUUGAUGACGUAGAAACCCAAGUUGAUGACGUAGAAACCCAAGUUGAUGACGUAGUAACCAAAGUUGAUGACGUGGAAACCAAAGACGUCAUACCAUCAUUUGAUAGUGAUGCAAAUAUCUUUUCCGUCGAAAAAGAUCGCACGUCACACCAGUUAGGUAAACGUAGGCAUGUAGAACUUGCAGGUAAGUUCUUGUGUGUUUGGUCAGUAUUGAUCGACGUAAUGAUACUUCCUAUACACAGAUACUGCGUCUGCUGGCGAACCAGAAGCCAAACGAUCAAAGACAUAAUUAUACUGAACUUGUAGUGUUUAUAGGUUGUGUAUUUAUGUACCCUGUUUAAUCUAUAUAAUCGUUGCUUUACGUUUUCUUCAACUCGUUUCCCAGCUUGGUAAUUAUUAGUUCAAACCGUUACUAAUUUUAUAUAAGUUUUAUUUUUCUUUAUUUGUAUUUUAUUCUUUCCGACGCUUCAAGUGCGUUUUUGUAAAACAAAACUAGCGUCACAUACCCAAACACCCAGUGUUGGGUCUUAAAGUGUAUUGCGGAAAACGCGACGAUAAAUAAGCGCAGUGUGACAAAUGUAAAUAUUUAACAAGCCAUACACGAUAUAGUGAUGUAACAUCAAUAAACGACGAAGCGUUGAUGCUCUUUA